AUGAAUCUUUCAACCGUUACAAGUUCCUCUGCCUCAAACGCCGAAGAAUCACCGCAGAAAAACAAGAAGAAUGAACUUCAUGAUCAUGCGCCAUUUCCUCUGUUACUACUUCCCGAAGAAAUCUCAUUAAACUGCUUAGCACGCGUGCCACGACGUUACCACCCUUCGGUCUCACUCGUCUCCACAACCUUGAGACGUCUCAUCGCUUCCCCAGAGAUCUACACCGAACGUUCUUUAUUCCGCCGCACAGAACAUGUCCUUUACGUCGCGCUUAGACCUUACGCUACCCAAACCCUCGAAUGGUACACUCUCAACCCCAAACCGUUCCGACAAGAGUCUACUCUGGUUCCUGUUCCGACAACAUUCCCUUUGGUUCCUUUAUGGGGAAUGUCUAUGGUCACUGUCGGUUCAGAGAUUUACGUCAUCGGUGGAUGCGUCGACGACAGCUACGUCUCCUCUGCGUUUGUCAUCGACUGUCCUUCUUACACGUGUCGUUCCCUCCCUAACAUGAAGCAAGAACGCGGCUGCGCCGCCGCGGGGAUCGUGGAAGGAAAGUUGUACGUGAUCGGAGGGUGUAGCCGUCUGUCUUUGAACUGGGUGGAGGCUUUUGAUCUAAAGACUCAAACUUGGGAGACAGUGACGUGGACUGGUUUGUAUGAUGACGUGGAGGUGUAUGAGAAAACGAUCAGGAGUUUCGUGAUGGAUGAGAAGGUUUACUUGAUGGAUCGAAGUAAUAGCUUUGUUUACGAUCCUAAAGAAGGGAGUUUGGAGAGUGACUUGUUGUUGAACAAGCAGUGGAGUGUGAAGUCUUGCGUUGUUGAUGACAAGUUGUAUAGUUUUGGGGCUUUUGGUCAGGAGAAUACGAUAUGGGAGUUUGAUCCUGUCGUGAGGGUUUGGAGUCUAGUGAAGGGUCUUGAAGAUGUUCUUCCUGAUAAGUGUAAAGUUUCUAAAAUGGUGAAUUACGGUGGUAAAAUUGCGGUUUUGUGUAACCUUGGAAAGUUGAAGACGGAGAUUUGGUAUAUGGAGAUUGGGUUGGAAAGGAGGGGAGGAGGAGAGGUUUGGGGGAAGAUGUUGUGGUCUGGUCUUGUGCUUGAUUCGGAAGAUUACUCUACCAUUGUACGAUCGCUUGCUGUAGCGUUCUAG